AUGUUUCUGCACCGACCCGGCGCUCACAAACGCGUGCGCGUAUCCCUGAAGACACGAAGGAAGGCUCCUGCUCCAGAUAAAUCCCACGUCUUUGCCAGCGGCAUUUACGUGUGCGCCAAAUGCGGCUACGAGCUCUUCUCCAGCCGUGCCAAGUACGAGCAUUCGUCUCCGUGGCCAGCCUUCACUGAGACCAUCCAUGAAGACAGCGUGUCCAAGUACAAGGAGCGGCCAGGAGCUUUAAAGGUAUCUUGCGGCAAGUGUGGCAAUGGGCUAGGCCAUGAAUUUCUCAAUGACGGGCCAAAGAGGGGGCAGUCCCGUUUCUGAAUAUUUAGCAGCUCGCUGAAGUUCAUCCCUAAAGGCAAAGCCGAGGACCUGAAGGAGAAGUAA